UCCUUCACUCUUCGUCUAUUCUUAGCUCCUCUCACACUCAACCCACACACUGAAAGGAAUAAAGAAGAAAGCCAGACCCAAGAUCGUAAAUUUACAUGGGCUCGAUGAAUACUUGGAUUUUGUCCAUCAAAGUGUUACUGAUUUCAGCCGGAGCUUUAACCCUAGCCAUGGGGAUAAAAUUCUCUGUCCCGGUAGCAGUGAAAGAAGUUCCAGUCAUGUGGUCCGUCAUUGUCUCCUGGCUGAAGCCUCCUUACUUGUACAUACUCAUUAACGGCAUCAUCAUCACCAUCGCCGCGUCCUCGCGCUUCCAUCAAACUCAGACGGAGCCACCGGCGGUCCGAUUUGAUCAUCAGCACUUGGCCGUUUCUGUCAGAGCUCUUCCGCCCCCGGAUUUUGCUCCCGUGUCGGUUCAUCCGAAAGUUAUAAGUGCUGUGGAGGAACCGCAGGAGGAGGAGUCGGCGGCGGUUGUUGUGGUGUACGAGAGUGGAGAUAGGAUUGUGGAGUUGAAACCA